AUGGCUGAGUCAUCAGCCAACUGCCCAGCACUUGAGGACAACUGGGGCUGCACAGUCACUGAACACAGCCUCGGGCUAACUGAAAUCAGCACAGUGCUGUUAAUUGAAUCUGGUCUGGUGUCUGAAGUGUACCGACAAGUCCACAACCUCAAGCCAGGAGCUUCGUCACUCAAGCCAUCGUGUGUGCCUCGUCUUCCUUGGUCUUGGAACUUUGGCAUCCUUCAUCCCCUUCACGGCGCACGCAGCCAUACAACAAACCGCACAGAGCGUCCAUCUCCAACUCUCAUCCGCACCCGAAUUGACCUGCUGCCGCCCGACCCCCGGCAGCCUCAGCGCCCGGCAAUCAUGGCGCCUCCCAAGAUUGAGGCCAAGGAGAUUGAGACGUACUGGAACAUCUUCUCCGACCGAACAGGCGGUGGCCAGUUCCUCACCGGCGAACAAGCAGCCCCGGUUCUGAAGAACAGCGGUCUCCGCGAUGAUCAGCUGGAGCGCGUGUGGGAUUUGGCCGACGUUGACAAUGAUGGAAACUUGGACUUUGAGGAGUUCUGUGUCGCCAUGCGACUCAUUUUUGACAUUCUGAACGGAGAAUAUGCCGACGUCCCCAAGACACUCCCCGACUGGCUGGUCCCCGAGUCCAAGGCUCAUCUUGUUCAGGCAACUCGUGCCAUCGCCGGCAAGCAGCCGCAGUUUGAGCAGGUCGAAGACGACUCAGACGAUCUAGGUCUCAAGGAUGGCUUUGAGUGGUACAUGAAGCCCGGGGACAAGGCCAAAUACGAGCACAUUUAUCAAGAGAACCGGGAUAUGCGGGGUGAAGUAUCAUUCAACGCCCUCGAAGAACUCUACGAAUCUCUCGACGUCCCCGACACCGAUGUCAGAUCAGCUUGGAACCUCGUCAACCCCUCCGCCGGCUCGACUAUCAACAAAGACGCCUGCCUCGCAUUCCUCCACAUCCUUAAUUACCGCCACGAAGGCUUCCGCAUCCCCCGUAGCGUUCCUGCCUCGCUGCGCUCCAGCUUCGAGCGCAACCAGAUAGACUACCAGCUGGACAGCCAACGAGCAGGCACCAACUCACGAUGGGCCACCAAGGCCGACGACUCUACCUCGACCGGUCGAAAGACGAAAUUCGGUGAACAGUACCUCACACGCCUGGGUCGAAGCGGAUUCAAGACAGCUGGCACCGACUUCUCGACGGAAAAGACGGAAGAUUGGGAGGAGGUUCGGUUGAAGCGACAACUUGCCGACUUGGAAACCAAGAUUCAAAAGGUUGAGGACAUGGCCGAUCAGCGGAAAGGCGGCAAGAGAGAUUCCAAGCCUGCACUUGUAAGGAGGGAACUCGACCAGCUGCUGGACUAUAAGCGCAGAGAAUUGAGAGAAUUGGAAGAGGGGAGGGGCAAGAGCGCUGUUGGUUCAAGCCUGAAGAGCGUGUCAGAAGAUUUGCAGACAGUGAGGGAGCAAGUCGAGGGUUUGGAGACGCAUUUGAGUUCGAGACAAGCGGUAUUGGAUGAUUUGCGGAGACAGAUUGACGCAGAGAAGGCGUGA